AUGUACCUGUGGAGGAGCGCCUGCACGCCGUGGAUCGACGACACCAGGGUCCAGUUCAGACUUGACAUCGGCAACCACAUCAGCCGCACAGCACCACCCGACGUCCGGCGGGAGAGAGCGGAGGAGCAUCUGGCCACCCUUCCAGACGACGCCGUAUGGGUGUGGAGCGACGGCUCGGCGGAGGGAGGUGUCUCAGCCGGAGGGAGUGGAGCGCUGAUAAUCCUCCCCUCAGGCGAGGAACACGAGCUCCGAGCCCCUGCAGGCAAGAUAUGCAGCAGCACCCGCGCCGAACUGGUGGCGAUCCGCGGGGCACUGGAGAUGCUGCUGCGGCUGGAGGGCGGCCUGGCGGAGAGCCCGGUCAUCGUCUGCGCCGACUCGCAGGAGGCGCUCGCCACACUGGCGAGUGGGGCUGGGAGCCAGGCGACAGCACUCGGCGCCGCCGUAUGGCGACUGCUCCUGGCGCUCACGGACGGAGGACGCCGAGUCUUCAUGCAGUGGAUCCCAGCGCACUGCGGAAUACCCGGCAAUGAGAGAGCGGACGUGCUGGCUAAAGAGGCAUCCAGCCUGUCGCAAGACGCCGUCCCACGGACGUCCGCUCGAUGGUGA